AUGAUUGCUAACGUCAACAUCACAUUCCUAACAAAUCGACGAUGGUGUAAUUCGAAACCAGGUUUAACAGUCAGAAAACUAAUCUAUCUAUCUAUCUAUCUAUCUAUCUAUCUAUCUAUCUAUCUAUCUAUGAGUAUAUUUCUGUCACUUCAUAUCUGUUUUAAUCAUCUAUAUAUUUCUGAUCAUAUCAAUACGUUCACAUCUAUUUAUCUAUUUUGCAUCUAUCUAUCUAAAUCUGUUCAUUAUCUAUCUAUCUAUUUAUCUAUCAUACUCUAUCUAUUUCUAAUCAUAUCAAUCCGUUCACAUCUAUUUAUCUAUUUUGGCAUCUAUCUAUCUAUCUAUCUAUCUAUCUAUCUAUCUAUCUAUCUAUCUCAGUCUCUUAAUUAUUUAUCUCGGUAUUUUCAUUAUCUAUCUAUCUAUCUAUCUAUCUAUCUAUCUAUCUAUCUAUCUAUCUAUCUAUGUGUUUAUCUAUAUAUCUCUCUUGUCUAUCUUUUCCUCUUCUGUAUUUAUGUGCCUUUGUGUAUCUAUCUAUCUAUCUAUCUAUCUAUCUAUCUAUCUAUCUAUCUAUCUAUCUCUUUAUUUCAUAACUCCAUCUGA